GGUACCAGUCUACACUCGACUCCACUGGAACCAUGGCUAAGCACCUUGCUCUCGCAGUGUUUGUUGCAGCCUUCCUGGCUCAGGCUCUUGCUGAAGAGGCAGUGUCCGUCUCUAAGACUCGGAAGGACGGGGGUCUGUCUCGCUACAUGCUGCUCAUCAACAAGGAGGAGCAGCUGGCGACAGAGCAUGUGUGGGCCGGGCGAGACUCAGCCACUGUCCUCUUCGACUACAAGAACGGGAUCAUUGCGUACAGGGUGUUCGACGGCCGGGCAUGUUAUGCAGCCAAAAUGAACCGGAACACCUUCCCUGCCCUGGAUAAGCUCAGAGAGACUCUGGACAACGAGAAGAAUCACAAGCAGAGCCCCCCUCCCCCAGGCAAGAAGUACAACGUGAACCCCGUCCCGAUGAAGGAUCAGGGGAAGCUGGGGGCCCCCGUGCAGGCGCUGUGCCAGGGACUUCCGGCCUACUGGGCACAGGAGCAGAUCGGUGAGAUGUUCUUCAUCGACGCCGGUGCCUGCCUCCGGGUUGAUCUGCUCAUCUUCGGCGUGUCUCUCUGCGGGCAUGUCGACAUGGGCUCUGACAUCGCCCCUGACAUCGCCCCUGACAUCGCCCCUGACAUCGCCCCUGACAUCGUCCCUCUGCCUCUCAUAUAGAUCUGCAGUUCUGUAUCUAAACAAAGUAGAAAGCCAAUAAAAAGUAGUUUGCAUUCAA